GCAGAACAUUAGGGGGUUAGGUUAAUCUUCCCCAUCCGGUUGCCGAUUUAGGCAGGCGCAGGAGAUCAGGCCUGUCUGUUGCUCAUUUCUGCGUCCCAAUCUCCAACUUGAAGCUGAGAACACCUCAUUUGCCGGAACCAUCGUUCAUCUCGAAAUCUUCACCCCGCAACAACUUCUCCGAUUAUGGCACACCACCGCAGACACGAUGACUCUCGGGGCCGAUCGGCUCGCCUCAGAGUUGCCAAGCCGUUAGGGCAGACGCAUUACGUUAGAGAAUACGGAACAGAUCCACUGGCGAUUAACUCCCCGGACUGAGGCUGUAUUGCAGCGAUGCACAUCUUGCAGUCCAGCAAGAAUUCGCAGCUCACACCUAACAGAAAGGUGACCGGACGAAGUGCUGCUGCCUUAUGCACCCCAACCCAUGAUCCUCAAUUUCAGGUAGCAGCGACAGCAUCGAUAUGGGCGAGGAUCUUGCCGACACAAGCUCCCGCUCUUCUUGCGACGACGACGACGAUCCCGAGGCCGCGUUGAACCCUACCGGCGACGACGAAGACGACGACAACGUGGCGUCCCGCUUCCGCAUGCGGAGACUUCCCCGAGGCGGCCAAGAUCCCGGCCCGCCGCUGUCACCCGGGGACGGCACCGCCAUGUCGGUUUAUGUCAUGAUGCACCGGAUUCGGCGGCUUGUCAUGGCAGCCAUCGACGAUCCCUACACCCUCGACGAGCUGCGAGCGCCGCAUAUAGACCACCAGGUCGUCCGACCCCUUGUCAACCGGCUAUACAACCCCCGAGAUGCCGCCAUCGUCUACUGUCUUGUCGCCAACCGCGUCCAGUUCCUCCGUCCCCGUUCCCACGAGGCCGUUCACCAGGGACUCCAUGAGUCGCGUGCUAUCCUCUGCGAACUGCUCGCAACCCGCAUCCUCCGUCGAUUCCACGAGGACCACCCCGGCCGCUCGGGGCUCCUUCUUCUCGCCAAUAUCCUGGUUUCCGGCUUCGACCCCUGCGACACGGCGCCCGAGUCUGUCCGAUCUCGCCGCCCACAAUGGGCCAUCCAAGAGCGGGGCGGCCACGAGCGCAAGCUGACGGCACUCGAGCUCGCCAUCAUCUCGGAGAGCAAGAUGCUGAUCAAGUCACCGGCUUGUCAGCUCGUCGUGGACGCCGUGUACAAGGGUGUUGUGGUUUACACGCCCUUGUCUUUUGUCGACUUCCUCCCUGACCACUACAAAUAUCAUCCCGUCUCGCUUUAUGAGCCCCGCCGGGCUGCUAUCCUCAACCAUCGCCGCCUCAUUGUCCCACAAAUACGGAAUGUGAUCGAGUUGCUGCACUUUGCACUCCUCCUGGCCCUCUACAUGCUGACGGUGGCGCACUACGGGUUCGGUGCCGACAUGGCGGGCGUCCGCAUCUAUGAGACCGUUUUCAAUGUCUUCGCCGCCGGCUGGGUUCUCGAGCAGUUUGCCGCCAUUGUGGAGCAUGGCUGGGAGGUGCACGCCCAAAACCUCUGGUCGUUCCUCGACGUCACCUUCGUCGUCAUAUACGCUGCCUAUGGUUUGGUGCGGGCCGUAGAGCUGUUGCUCACCGAUGGCGCUUACUACGCGCUCCCUGUUCUGUGCACGGCUGCGCCUGUGCUGCUCACGCGCCUUGCGUUUGCCCUCAUGCCUGACAACAUCGUCUUCAUCGCGCUCCAUGCAAUGAUGCGUGAUUUUACCCGGCUGACCUUCAUCGCCGUCUGGUGCUUUGCCGGCUUCGUCGUGGGGUUGCUGUUCCUCGCCAGAACAAGCGGCGACGGUUCAGUGAAUGUGGGCGUUACCUGGGCCACCAUCACCAAGUGGCUGUUGUGGAUCUGGUUCGGCCUCGACGGCACCGGCAUCGAACGCGCCGCUGACUUCCACCUGAUCUUGGGGCCGACCCUCAUCAUCACGUUUGCCUUCCUCGGCAACACAUUGUUCCUGACCAUCCUGGUGGCUAUUCUGACCAACACCUUCUCCAAGAUCAUUGCCAACGAGGCAGCCGAGAUCCAGUUCCGCCGCGCCGUGCUCACCUUCCAGGGCGUCAAGAGCGACGCCAUCUUCUCGUAUCCGCCGCCCUUUAACAUCGCCGCGCUGGUGUUUCUCUUGCCGCUCAAAUUCAUCGUUGGCCCUCUUGUCUUUCACCACAUCAACGUCGCCGUUAUUCGCGUCAUCAACGCCCCGCUGCUCCUUAUCAUCGGCCUGUGGGAGAGACGACGUGUGUGGGCUCGACGGUCCAAAUCGUCCAGACUGAGGUCAUGGCGCUACUUCCCCGGCCUGUCGCCGCAUGGAGACAUCCAGGUCGUGUUUGCGUCCGAGCCGCCGCCCGAGGUCAUUGACGCGCUCGAGAAGAUGGAUGCGUUGCAUGACGUAGUCAUGGCGGAGCGCGAGCUUGCCGUGGACUCGCCCAAAAACAUUCGCGGGCCUGUCGCGACGGUCCGCAGACGACGGACGUCGAAUAGCAGCAGUGUCAGGACAUUCGAGGUGUGAGUAGAUGAGGGAGCGGUAGCUAAUCUACAAUUCCAGCAAUGUGGCUAUUCGCAGCCGGCCGUCAGGCCAGCCAAGUCGUGGACUUUAUCAGUCAAAUGAAAGAAAGCUCGUUCCUGACUUGUGCCCGCGCUCGCUCCUCCUCCAUCCCCUCCCUCAGGAUCGCCACCUGCUUCUUGAUCUCGACCCACAAGACCAGUCCAUCCAAGUCAUCGUCAUCCUCAAAUUUGGGGAUUCCCACCCAACCAUCCUCGAGCCCGUCAUGAUGUGUCGGCGACAGCGCUACUAGGCCAUUUGAAUCGCGAGCAAUGACGAUUAGUGCCGCCACAAAGGCCUCCUGGAUGUACGCGAAGCUGAAGCCGUCCGUGAUCCCAGCAAUGGCCGGGCAGAGCUUGUCGGGGAACUCAAUGUCCUUGUUGUCGGCCAACUUGCGCUGCCAGAACCGGCAAUAUGCGAUGCGCUGCUCCAUGUCGGGAUCGGGGAAGUAG